ACUUAUGUAUAACUAUCACUGUUGAAUAACUUUCAAAUGGAACCCGAAAAUCCGGAUCUUUUCUACUUGGAAAAAUGUGCAAUUUGUGAAAAACCUGGGUCCAAAGCUUGUGGCUCAUGCGAAUUAGAAUACUACUGCAGUAAGGAUCAUCAAAGGAAAGACUGGCACCGUCAUAAAUUAAAUUGCUGCAAAUAUGAACUCAGAAAACACGAACAUCAUGGACUUUGCAUGAUUGCGACGAAAUUGAUUCCUAUCGGGGAAGUUGUAGCAACAGAGUCUCCACUCGCAACUUUCAAAGCCCUCAGAAGUACCCCAAAAGAUUUAGAAAGGAUUUUUACUUUAUGUGGAGCCGAUGCGUAUUCAUGCCCUUCUUGUGAAGUUGGAAAAAUAUUCAACCAUGCGUAUCAUCAAUGUUCCAAAUGUGGAGUUCCUUUAUGCCAACCACAAUGCGAAAAAUCUGGACUUCAUGCAAAGCUAGAGUGUGCAGUGUUACAGAAAAUUGGAGUCAGAGUGUCUGCAGACUCUUCUGUUCAGGACACAUUGACUGAUUUAUCUGUUUUGCGAGUCUUUCUGAAAGAAGAAAUGAAGGGGUCGGCUAUUUCAUUUGAGAGUCGCAAGUGGAGUCCCUUAUUAAAAAUAAUAUAUGCAGAAAAGUUGAGUAAUAAUAAUGAUAUGGAUGAAGACGACUAUGACAAGUUUACUUUGAGUGAAGACAUUGUCGCGUCCCUUGAUGCAGUGGAGCACUUGUCGCUAAGUAUAAAAGUCACAGGCAGUAAAGAGUUGGUCAUUUUACUUCAUUGUGCGCUGAUGGCGUAUGGAACUACUUUUCCAUACGUUGAUUCCAGCAAGACCAAGUUUUUAUUUACAAAGAAUCAUCGAUUAUCUCACUCCUGUGUACCCAACUCGGAAAUGUGGAUGGAAAACGUAGAUGGUCACAUGAAUAAAUUAAUAAUCAAAGCUGUCCGAACCAUUCAGCCAGGGGAGAGGAUCACAAUUGACAGAGCUGGACAAUACAGAGCCCUUCCGACCUUACUUCGUCGUGAGAAGCUACUUCAAGAUUUAGGCAUUGACUGUCGUUGUCGCCGAUGCAAGGACCCAACGGAACUUGGGACUUUCAUAUCUGCAGUACGAUGUGAAGAGAAUUUGACUCAGAAAGCAUGUGCUGGUCACUACGUUCCACUAAAUCCGUUGAAUGACAAAACAAAAUGGAAAUGUACCAUAAAAUCGUGCACCUCGUUUAAAACUUCGCAAGACAUUCAUAACCUGAUUAAGAACUUGGAGGACGAAUUGCCAGCCGUGGUAAAUGGGAGAGCAGACGAAGUUCUAAAACAACUGAAAGCCUUCAAUGACUACUAUGCCGGGGAUGUGAUCAGUUCAACACAUUAUUUGAUGCAUAUUUCAAGAUCCAGAGGACGCCAAGUUGUCAAGUAUUUUCUAGGUUCCAGUGAAAAACUUUUGCUUUGUGUACUAAACAGUUACCCCCGUGCGUAUGAAUAUUGUGGCAUGUUAUUAAACUCAGCAGAGUCUCUGUGGCUAUUUAUCGAUAAAAUAUGCCCACCUUUCUCGGAAGCCAGAGGAUACUUGCUUAAAGAAAAAUCCGCUGCAAAAUUAGCUAUCAUUCUUUAUGACUACCUAGUGCUUCAUAAAAUAAAGGUGGACGUAUUGAUUGAUAGAGUACAAAAGGUGCGACAAACUUUGAAGGAUGCAGCCAAAUGUGUCUCCAUAUUCACUCAUUCUCCUGUGAAAUCACUUCGAGAAGAAAUUAAUUUUAUAGAUUCCGUAAUCGCCAAGAUUCUCAAAAAUUGUACGUGUCCUGACACUAGUGACAAGACUUCUACAGACGAGACUGAAAGGAAUUUGAAAUGUGUAUUCACUAUGUGGAAAUCUAAAUCUAAAGAAAUUGGGUUGGCAUCAUAUUACAUGGAACCCAUCUCUAAGCCAAUAUGUGUUCAAAAAUUACGCAGUGUUAUAACUUCUUGCGUCUAACUCAAUUUGAAUAAAACGAACCGUUGAUUGAAAA